AUGGCUAGGAGAAAAGAUCUCUCCACAUUUGAGAGGGCAGCAAUAAUCCAAUUCCUCCUUGAAGACAGCAAGGAAGGGAAGCCUGCUAGAGGGAAGAUUUCAGCAGCUGUUGCAAAAUGGAGCAGCUCACGAAGCACAAUCAAUCGGGUAUGGGCAGCUGCAAAAAAGCAAAUACAGAAGGGUGAGGUAAUAUGUUCCAUGAGUCGAAAAAUACAAAGACCAAGACAAAAGAGAGUGCAAUUAGAUUUACAGUUAAUUGCCAACUUAGACUUGUCCAAAAGAUCUACCAUUCGAAGGCUUGCAUGUGGGAUUCAAUGUAGCAAAAGUACCGUAGGAAGAUGGAUUAAGCUAGGGCUGAUCAAAGCUCAUUCCAAUGCUAUUAAACCCGAUCUUACGGCUCCUAACAAGUUGCUUAGGCUACGGUUUUCAUUAGAGGCCCUAGAGUAUGAUAGGAUUAUGAGGAGUGUGACAUUUAAAAACAUGCACAACACAAUCCACAUUGAUGAAAAAUGGUUCUACAUAACCAAAACCAACCAAAGGUUUUACUUAACCCCUGCAGAGAGUGAGCCUCAUAGAACCUGUAAAAGCAAAAAAUUCAUCACGAAGGUGAUGUUUAUGUGUGCAGUGUGUAGGCCUAUCUUUGGCCCUGAUGGAGAAUGCAUAUUUGAUGGAAAAAUAGGCAUUUUUCCAUUUACUGAACUGGUUCCAGCAAAGAGGAAGAGUAAGAACAGGGCAGCAGGCACAAUGGAGUGGAAACCCAUUCAAAGUAUCACCAAAGAAGUGGUGAAGGAUUGCCUAAUUAACAAGAUUAUUCCUGCUAUAAAGGCAAAGUGGCCUAGUUUUGCUAGCAAAGUCAUCUACAUACAGCAGGAUAAUGCGCGGCCACACAUUAAAGACAACGACCCUGAUUUCAGGGCAGCUGCCUCUAGUGAUGGCUUUGACAUACACCUGGUGCAUCAACCACCAAACUCACCCGACACCAACAUAAAUGAUUUGGGGUGGUUCAGGGCGAUACAAUCGCUACAAACUGAAUCAGUUUGCAACAAUGUCAGUGACUUACUUAUGGCAGUUAAAAAUUCAUUUGAUCAGUUAAGUGCACAAACCUUGAAUAAGGUUUUUCUUAGCCUACAAAGUUGCAUGAUUGAAAUACUCAAGGUAAAAGGUCAAAACUGUUACAAAAUUCCCCAUUUGAAGAAGGAUGCCUUGAUUAGGCAGGAUAUGCUUCCUUCAAACCUUGAAGUUGAUUCAAGGCUUGUUAGGGAAUGCAUAGCUUACCUAAUUGAGCAGGGGAAUAUUAAUGGGAGUGAAGGUUUCUUAAGGCAUCUGCCUAUAGGCAUGAUUGGAGGCACAACAGAUGGGCUGGCUUGUAGCAUGCAGCAGCUACAAAUUCAAGGGGGCACAAGUGGAUAUUGAAGAUUUCAAGGAUUCCAAACUUUUUGUUGUUUUUGUAAAGUGAAUGCACAUAUUUUUGUAAUGCACAGAUGCACAUAUGCACAGAUGCACAGCUGCACACUUUUUGUUGUUUUUGUAAUGUAUGUUAUGCUUGCAAAGUUCUAAUGAAAUUCAGAUGCACAAGUUUGAAAUGCACAAAUGCACACUGCUUCAAGCAGAUCCAACACAGGGAGUGAAAUGCACACUGCUUCAAGCAGAUCCAACACAGGGAGUGAAAUGCACACUGCUUCAAGCAGAUCCAACACAGGGAAUGAAAUGCACACUGCUUCAAGCAGAUCCAACAUUUAAGAAUGCCAUCCAAAUCAACUAGACCAUAGAAAACCAAACCAUAAUCAACAAGGGAACAUGCAAGAUCAAGUUUUCAGAUCAUCUCAUACAAUCUGAAAUUGUAAUCAUCGAUGUUACAAAUUUUCGGACAGAAUACAUUUAUAGAAUGAGCAUAAUACUAUCAUUUCAGCCACAGAUUAUCACUUCCCACAGUACAAUUGCAACAUAAUCCCACAUAUCACAGAUCACCAUAAAGAAAAGAUCCAAAAUAGGGCAGAUCUCACCAAAAAGAACGCAGGAAGCAGGAUCCGCAUCAUAGAUUCAACAGCAUCGCUCAUGUUUCGAUGCUCCCAAUUUUCCUCACAAAAGAAGAA